UUGCUGUCUUACUAUCGCCUCUUUUUCAGAUCCAUUUUAUAGUUUUUUCCGUUCCGUUCAAACGGUUUGACGUAGACGCCGUUUUUAUUCUUCUUCUCAUCCAUUCGUCACCGUCAUUUCAAUUCAAUUCUAGAUCCAAACUUCUUCGAUUCAAAUUCACGCUUUCUCACCUUCUUCAUCUCAAAUCAAUGGCGAAUCAAGCUGUUGCAAGAUUCUCAAUUCUUCUCCUCCUUUCUUUACUAGUCAACAUCGCUUCAUCCGCUGAUUCGCCGGCUCCGACGCCGCAUUCAUCCGUUAAAUCUCCUUCUUCUUCUCCUUCUCCUACUCCUGUUUCGAACUCUUCUCCGGCAAGUUCACCGCCAUCUCCAUCUCCGGCGACGCCUCCUCAUCCUGAUUCGCCACCAGCACCUUCACCUGAGAACUCACCUUCUCCUUCUCCGUCUCCAGAUGAGGCGGCUGAUACCGGAGUUAACCACACCGGCGUCGGCGAUAGAGGCGAAAAAUCAACAGAAGGAGGAAUGAGUUCUGGCAAAAAGGCAGGGAUAGCGGUUGGAGUAAUCGCAGGAGUAAGCGUGGUUGCAUUGGGAGCGAUAGUGAUGAAGAAGCGUCGAGAAAACAUUCAGAGGUCUGAGUAUGGAUACGCAGCAAGAACAGAACUUCUCUAGAAACUUCGAUGGCUUUAUAUGCUUUGAUUUGCAUUAGUUGAGUUUUUGCUACAGGUUAUACUACAAUUUAGUAUUUAGCAUUCAUUCAUCAUACUAUUUUGUCCCUUAAUUUUAUUAUUAUUUAUUUUUCAUAAUCUCUGAACGAUUGCGACAGGGUUUUUAAGAUUUGAAACUGUUAAAGGUUGCAAUUUUCUUUCCGAAUUCUCAGUCAAACUAGACUGUGGAAAUUUAUUCAUUCUAGUCUUGAAAUUUUAACUACUCUAGGGUCUGGAUUUAUUUACGUCAUAAUGUAUUUUAAUUUCACCACUGUACAUGCUUUAAUAAAUUCAGGACUCUAUCCAAUUAUAGCCAAAA